UUACCUUCAAACAAAGCAGGCCUUAUUCAUUAAAAUUGUCUAUACCCAAACACAAAUGGCGAAAGUGCGUGGCAGGAUAUAUAUCAUCAAAUCAAUCCUCAUCCUCUUAGAUGAAGAACAUGAAAUAUCAAUGGACAGGUUUCAGGCAACCGAUGGCCGCCCUGAAAGUGCAAAUUGGAAAGCCAUUGAUCCCGACAAAUAGAUAUCCAUAGAGAUAUCUGAAUAUCCACACAGAGGAUGACACAUAUCCCACCAAAUGCAGACAUUUCCUGUACCUGUGUUUGGAACAUCAGACCUCAUUUAGUUAAUACCAAAAGCGAGUGUCGGCACUAACAGGUAAUUUUGAUAGGACACCUGACUCAAUCUAGGCCAAAGCAUGUCCUUAUAAAUCUCAUCCACAUUCUGCAUUUGUGCUCCAUCCAAACACCAACUGCUUCUCCACCCUUCUCCUUGGUACUCCCUUCUUCCUGAAACUUUGGAGAUGGCAAGUUCUCGGCUCUCCAGGUUUGUCAUGGAGGUUGCUCCACCUCAGUUCAUUAGUGUCAUGAGGUACAGGUCAAGGAAGAUGAUGGAUACCAUAAGUGAGGAGGACAGAGACGUUGGCAACAGUGAUUCUCGUUCAAGUUCUUCCUCUUGCAUCUCUGCUGUUGCUACUGCUGCUUCCUCUUCUGCUGCUGUAGCUGUUGCUUCAGCUAACUCCAUGUAUUUCCUCAAUGGAGUGCAGAGUUCUUUUUCCAUCUUUGAGAACUAAUGUAACUUGAUUUUGAUGCAGUCUGUACUAAGCACUAUAAUGAUGAAACAGCAUGCUAUGUAGCGUAAUUUCCAUCUUGUACAGAGUAAGAAAAUUUUCAUCAGCUAAAGUAACAAGAGUCGAUCCACUGGAUUCUGAAUGUUUUCAACACAAAUUAUGAUCAUAACACAGUCGAUGCCUACUAUGGCUCAGAGCACAAUCUCAGUACAUUCAAUAGUUGUACAUUUGUAUUUGUAAGAACAUAAUCAAACAGUUUUAAUAUCAUUUGCUUUCCUGAGCUUCUAAACUCUCAUCUUCUGACAGUUUUGCAGCAAAAGUAGUAUAUUUUGCACCUGAAAGGCUAAAACUGCUACUGGUAUGCAGGGUGUUAUCCAGGUCCAUACACAAGAUUCAGUGUUGAGUUACUUUGGUUCAUGGGCAUGAAGAAAUUGCACAAAAUGCCAGCGCACCAAUGAAUGUGGAAGCUUUAGCACUGCAUCAAACAAUAGCCAUUUCUCAGACAAAAAUAUUACACAGCAGUGUAGGAGGAACUCCUUGCUUUGGCAAGGCAUAUCAUGCCUUCUGAUUGUCUGUUUCCACACUCGCUCAUUUUGGGAAACUUGGAACGAAGUUUUCUCUUCCGAGAUGUUUCUGAUUCAACUUCCUCUUUCAGUUUCUCCAGCACUGAUACAUUAAAAACAUGAAACCUGGCCAUAAGGAAAUCAAUUUUUGCAUAACAAGAAAAAAUUGCGAGUCUUACUAUUAGCUAGAACCAGCACUCACCCCAACAGCGGCUCUCUCACUAAAGAAAAAUUCUAAAAGUACCAUUUAGUACUUUAUACUAAACAAAACCAUCCUUGAUGAAGGGAUGAACCUCACAAGAAUUAAAAUUAUAAAAAGAAAACAAGCUUUCAAAAGGUCAAAUCAUCUGGAUCACCUAGUCCUCUUGCUAUCAGCUAUUAAGUAAUCAAGAGCAGCAUAUUGA